UGAUGCCCACGGAGGAGGAGGAGGAGGCCCCCAGCAUCACAGAGUUCCACUCCUCUACCCACGUGUUGCCCGUGGGCAAAACGGCCCGCUACACUUGCCACGCCGGCGGCACGCCGGAGCCCACAGUAGAGUGGCUCCACAACGGCAGGCCCCUGGAGAGGGACGGCACAGAUGACCUAUCAGAGGUCUGGGUGGAGAGGGGGUUCCUCUUCGUCAGAGGUGUGAGGUAUGGCGUGAACACGGCCUGCUGCAUGGCGAGUAACAGCGCUGGCACGGCCAAUCACACCGCUGAGCUGCUUGUCUUUGAUGCCUGUGAACUCACACUGGACCCCAACACGGCCUACAGAUACCUCUCUCUGUCUGAGGACAACAGGAAAGAGGACCUCCUCCCGGGGGUUAGGAUAGGGGGGCGGCGGACCCAAGUGGGGGCCUCAGUGUCUCUGUGUCGGUUGUAG